CCUCGCUCUAGUUGCAGGUUGCCAGAUUCUUCGCUUCCACCUCAAAUUGAUAUUCUCUGCGACGAACGAACCUUGUCUCUACACUGAAGCUGGUGGUACCUUGCCCCGUUCAACGCAACCGAGAGUAAAUCGAUUCGCUCAGCCUCCGACAUCCUUGUAAAACGCGAGCCCUGUUGAGAAUGUAUAAGCGUCGGCAAAAUUUUGAUGAUGACGCGUGGGAUAGAAGCGACGCUGCAGAAGAAGAGUCCGCGAAGAAGUUCCGGACGGUUUCUUUCUGUCGUCGAGUCGAAGAUUUCGUCGCGGAGAAGUGCGGCAAACCUGCUCGGAUUCUGAGCCUCAUCCAAGGAGGUUUGAAUGUCCACUACAGAAUGCGUUUCGGAGAAGAGGACUCAUCCUCCGACGUUAUGGUGCGGGUACCCUGGCCGGGAGCAGCACAGUUCCCCGACGAGAAGGUACUCUAUGAGGCUGCAGCGACGGAGUACGUGAGGAUCAACACCCGCAUUCCCGUGGCCCAGGUGCUCUAUUACGGGUCAGACUCGAGCAUUGGGCCUUUCCUCAUGCUCCGUCGUAUUGAAAACCGAGGCGAUCUGACAGACCCUCUUUGUGUUCCUGAUCAGGACCCCUCCCUGACUCCGGUCCUAAACUUGAAGCUCCCUGAGAGCAGGCUGAGAAGUUUGUGGGGGGACAUGGCAAGGUGUCUCCUAGAGCUCGCGCAACCCACAUUCUCUCGCAUCGGGUCUCUACUCGAGGUCGAUGGCUCCAUUCAGGUUGCUGGUAGACCUCUCACCUUUAACAUGAGCAGCAUGACACAACUUGGUAAUAUUCCAGAAGCCAUCUUUCCUGCCAAGAACACCACCUUUGCCACAGCUGAUGAGUGGUAUGUGCAACUGGCCACGAUGCACCUAGCACAGCUUAUUUUUCAACACAACGACCUUGUCAAGGAUGAGGACGACUGUCGGAACAAAUACGUAUCUCGCCAACUGUUUCUCAGGCUGGCCAAGCGGGGCCAUCUGUCUACAUACGGAUUUGCGCAAGACAGCUGGUCUGCCUCUGCCAAAUCAGCGACGCGCCCGAGGUUUCAAGCUCCUAACAACUCAGACUGCUUCCGCCUCUGGUGUGACGACUUCCGCCCUACCAAUUGCCUCAUGGACCUUGCAGAGGACGUUGAUAAGCUAGCUGCUGCGAUCGACUGGGAGUUCACUUACGCAGCGCCAGCGCAGUUCGUGCUCGACCCACCUUGGUGGCUGCUGUUCGAGACGCCAGAAAUGUGGAAACCGAUUGGGGUGGAGGAAUGGAGCACGGCAUAUGAGCCGCAGUUGGAAAUUUGGCUGAAGGCUAUGGAGGAUCAGGAGGAUGGGGCGGCCUUUCUUGAUGGGCUGCCCCUCUCGGCACACAUGAAGGAGAGUUGGGAGACCGGUCGCUUCUGGCUCAAUUAUGCGGCGAGGAAGAGCUGGGCCUUUGAUGCUGUCUUUUGGGCGUUCUUGGACGAGCGCUUUUUCGGUCGCCGGGACCCAGGGGUCUUGGACAAGGAUUUGUGGAAGACGAGACUGCAUCUCCUGAGCCAGGAGGAACAGCAGAUGAUGGAGCCGUUUGUGAAGCAGAAAAUGGACGAGUCUCAGAAUCGCGUCUUGGUAGACUGGGACCCUGUUGAAGCGAGACGGCGACUCGCGGAGCUGUCAUUUGUUUGACUAACUUUGAAGGGUACGUUCUCGUUGUCUGGGGAAAUGACUUGGGCGAGGUCUUGGAUGUCUCUGGGGUCAAUAUGGUGAAGUAUGCGGCGUUGUGUCAAAUUUGCCCAGCUCGACUUGCGGCUUUUUCAUGAAGCAGCUUGUCCUUGGCACAGGGCAGCACGCAAUGUAUAGAACUUGAAGAGCAAAGACAACGCAACAGCAUACAUUCUACCAAUGUUGCGUGUCUCCCGAUAGGCUCUAGCACUUUCUAGGUA